AUGUCCACGACCCAAUCAUCGGUCAAAAGAUCCUCCAUGAAGACUCGGUCCGUUUCAGCACCCAAACCAGCAAAUGUAGCUUCCAGUACAACAACAACUACAAAUGCCAAUAGCACACCUUCAUCAAAUAUCUCCAGCUCUAGGCAAGACAGUGGUAAGCAAACGACCUCAUCGAACAGAGGCUCAAGAUCAUCUCAUUCCGUGAAACCCUCAAACCCAACAAAUACUUGUUCUUCUAAAGCCACUCCAAAUACAACAAUAACAUCAAGUAAUAGUUAUAGCCUCACCGCUACGAACACUACCUCUUCCACCGCCACCACUACUGCCACCAUCAAUUCCUCAUCUCUCGCUCAAAAUUUUCGAUCCAAAUCUCCCUCCUUUAAUUUUACAGUUUCCAAAAUUCAAACUUACGAGAGAGUGUAUCAACGAGUGUUGCAACAAAAACAACAGAAAAACAAACAACAGCCUCAUCACUCUUUCAAAACCUUAAACAUAUAUUCCGAUUUAGCAUUAUGUCUACGGUUAUGUGGUGCUUCACCCACCACCGAUCAUUUAAUGUUGCAUUACAAUCAACAUUUAAAACACAGUGAUGAAUCGUUUACCUUUGGAGAUUUCUUGGAUUUUCUUAGUAAGCAAUACGAAUUGGAGAGAGACACUGAAUACAAGGACAUAUUCGUCCAGUACUUUGUCUUGAAUAGUUAUGGCGAGAAAAUGCUUAGUAUUAAUUGUUUAAAAGAAUUAUUAUUUGAAAGUGGUUUAGAUCCUCUCACGGACGCAGAAGAAUUUGAUCGUUUUGUUAAAUACGUUUUAGGAGAUGAUUAUCAAAAACAAGUGGAUCUGUUCAAGAAGAAGCAAUUGAAAAAGAAACAACAGGAAAGUAUUCAGCAACCCACAUCAUUGGCAGCAGCACUUGGAUCCAUUGUGUUGACUGAGAAUGGAGUUGAAUUUGUCAACCCAGGAAGUGAAGAGUCACAACCUCAGUCCAACGUGCAACAAAAUGAGGAUUCCAAUGAUAAUCAAGAAGAAAAGCUAGAGUUAUUCAUAUCACUUGAGAAAUUCCUCGACCUGGUAAAAGCUUAA